UGCUAUUUUAACAUUUUUGCUUGAUAUACACAAGACUGGGUAAAAAUAGUUGGUAUUUGUCCCAUAUCCGCUACUUGCUUCGUACUUAUUUGGAAAAAAAAAGUAUCUGUCGUUAUCAAGUUGAAUACCAAAGCACAAAAAUGUAUUACUUAUAAAUAUGGGGUCAAGUAAUAAGUAGUGGGGAAAAAACUAGUACUCAUCUUCUUAAUACCGGCUACUCUUAAGAAUUACUUAAUUCUAUUUAGGUUUGUGUAAAAUGUUUUUCCUAUGGAAUGUAUAUAAAUAAUAUAACUAAUGGAUUUGAGACACAUAUCUAUAGCAAUGUAGUAAACGAUGAUCGUGUCUUGGCUGAUCGUGUCGAUGGUGAUUUUGAAGGAGGUGGGAUCGUGUCUUGGCUGAUCGCAAACGAUGAUCGGUUUCCGCCGGUGAACUGUCAGACCGGAGACGCGUGUCCUGUCAAGGCCUUUUCUCAAAAACCUGUGAUAAAGCAUGCGGACACGUGCCUUUGUUAUGCUCAUCUCUUUGGAGAAAGUGAUUGGCUUUUGAUGGGUUUGUAUUGGGCUUUCGAUGUUACCAUCAUGUAGUGGCUUAUGCUUUUAUCAAUGACUUAAGGUUGACAAGGUGACUUUACCAGAUGGUCAGAUCAUUGCUGUUAAGCAAUAUAAGAUCGCAAGGUGACAGAGAGUUCUGCUCUGAAGUUGAGGUCUUGAGCUGUGCUCAGCAUCGGAACGUUGUGAUGCUUAUUGGACUAUGCGUGGAAGAUGGGAAGAGGCUGCUUGUUUAUGAGUAUAUCUGCAAUGGGUCGUUGCAUUCUCAUCUCUAUGGUUUGGGGAAAGAGCCGUUGGGAUGGUCAGCGCGACAAAAGGUUGCGGUUGGAGCAGCGCGUGGGUUGAGAUACCUUCAUGAAGAAUGCAGAGUCGGUUUCAUUGUUCAUAGGGACAUGCGUCCUAACAAUAUUCUCCUCACUCAUGAUUUUGAGCCUUUGGUUGGAGAUUUCGGGCUAGCGAGAUGGCAACCAGAAGGAGAUAAAGGAGUUGAAACUAGAGUGAUUGGAACUUUCGGGUACUUGGCACCUGAAUAUGCACAAAGGGGACAGAUUACAGAGAAAGCAGAUGUUUACUCAUUUGGUGUUGUUAUAGUUGAGCUUAUCACUGGAAGAAAAGCUAUGGACAUUAAACGUCCUAAAGGUCAACAAUGUCUCACCGAAUGGGAAAGACCGUUGUUGCAGAAACAAGCUAUUAAAGAGCUUCUUGAUCCACGUCUAAUGAAUUGUUACUCUGAACAAGAAGUUUACUGUAUGGCGCUAUGUGCUUAUCUUUGCAUUCGACGUGACCCUAACUCUAGGCCACGAAUGUCUCAGGUGUUACGGAUGUUAGAAGGAGACGUUUUCAUGAACCCAAUGUAA